GCCUGGUCUCUCGGGAAUAUGACACUCGUGCGUGCAUGCAUGCAUGGUCGAUGCUUGAUCUGCUACUACUCUUCCUCCUACUCCUACUCCUACUACUAUGUCGGGCGCUCAUCUGGGGGGCGCGGGCCUGCCCGAUGUCAGUCAGGCUCCCAAGAUCCUCACUGCUACGUCCAUCACGACGAUGUUCGCACUGGCCACCGUCCUGGCUCGGUUGUACGUGCGUGUGUUUAUCAUCCGGAAUGUCGGGCUUGAUGACUAUACCAUGGUCUUGACCAUGGCGCUGUCUCUCAGUGGAUGGGCUAUCAUCAUACCGGAGGUUAUGUACGGCGCCGGAAGACACACGGUGUAUGUGGAGAAGACGGCCACAUUGGCAAGUCACCUCAACUUUGCCACGCAGGGUAUAUACAUGUGGGCGAUUGGAUUGGUCAAGAUAUCGAUUGGGCUGUUUCUUCUGCGCUUUGCACCGCGGCGGGGGUAUAAGAUCUUUAUCUGGGCGGUGAUCGUGCUCAUGCUCCUCUACACCACCAUCUGCUUCCUGACCCUUAUCUUCCAGUGCAAGGACAUCAGAUCGAGCUGGGACCUGUCCGUGAAAUCGAAAUGCUUCGCCCCGACCCAGCUCCUUACCCUGAGCUACGUUAACACAUCACUGAACAUCCUGACGGACCUGAUACUCGCCGUUCUCCCGGCCUUCAUGCUCCGUAGACAUCUGCAGGUCAACCAACGCACCAAAGCCUCACUGAUCUGCAUCUUAGGGUUAGGGAUCUUUGCCUGUGCCGCAGCCAUCGUGAAGCUGUCCUUCAUCGCAAACUAUGGCCGCACCGGCGAUCUCCUCUGGGACUACUCCAGCUUGACAAUAUGGGUUGCCGUCGAAUCCAACACGGGCAUCAUCGCCGGCAGCCUCCCCACCCUCAAACCCCUCUUCAAGAAAGUCCUCGACAGCUACAGCUACAGCUACCGCUCCCGCUCCCGCUCCCGCUCCCGCUCCAAGACGCCCUUCUACAACCACGGCGACUCCAAACCCAACCCCCAGCACUCCCUAUCCCAAUCCCGAUCUAGAUCCCGAUAUGAUCACAACCAUCACCAGCACGCCAAAUACGACCGAAAAACCCCCCAGCUCAGCACAGACCCCUACCCCAUCCCGCCGAGCACGUACCAUGGCGACAGCGGGAACUCCAGCGAUGAGUAUAUUCUGUCGUUUCGCGAUGACUCGAAUAGUAUUAUGCUUACGACGGAGGUUACGGUUUCGAGGUCUGGUGGAGGGGUGGAGGGAGGGGUGGAGGUUUCUGGGGGGAAGGGGCCUGGUAGGUCGUUGUCGGUGGGGAGUCGGUAUCACUUUGAGAAUAUGAUUUGAUUUGGUUUGGUUUUUGGGCCUGGGUUGGGGUUGGGGUAUGAUGAUGGUAUGAUAGUAUGGUUAAUAGGAGUUAUAGGUUGCGACGGACUGAUAGGUUUUGGAUGUGGGUGGAGG